AUGUCUCUAUUCAAAUUCUUCUCGUGCUGCCUUCCAUCCCGUAAAUCCAAGAGACCUCCUGUUUUGGAUUCGCCUGUUGCAGUGUUGCCACCAACUCCAAUAAUCCAAGAUGUUUUCUUAUUGGACAUGCCGGAUCUAGUAAUGAGAGAAAUUUUGAAGAAUCUUGAUUUUCUGACAAUCCAGAAGCUCCGGAAAACAAGCUAUUCACUCCGGCAAUUUAUUGAUUAUGUGAAAGUAGAUAGCGGAUUAAAGGAUUUCAAAAUAAAAAUAACAGGGAACUCAGUAUUAGGAUCAGCGACUGUUCUCAUGAAAGGAUAUCCAUCAUCCAAAACUAUCAAGACGACUUACAUAGAAAGUGAAAAUGGAUGUGAAGUGAAAACCUACGAUUGCAACAUAACUCAACAAAAACUAAACGGAAACUUUGUCGAUGUGUUUUCUGAAGAUUUUCUGAUUCCAAUGCUGAAAAACCAAAAAUCAUUGUUGACAAAGCUACAGUUGGAACGAAAUGAAUUCAUUAUUAAAAACGGUCAUGAAGUUCCAGAGCCCGUAUUAUUCGAUAAAGUGUUUGAUAGUCUGAUGAAAGUUCUGGAGUCAUGGGAUCGCUCAUUGCAAGUUGAGGAUCUGGAAGUUUCAGUACGUGGACAAAAGCAACUGAUGAAAUUGCUUUAUUAUACCAAUCUGAAGUCCUUAAAACGUUUGAAAGUGUGUCGAAUAGCGGAUCACCCAAUAGAUCUGAAAAACAGAGCAAUGCUUGAUCUUAGUGUACUGGAAUGCGCUGAAAAUCUGAAUGAGCUCCGUGUAUUCCAUUUCAUCAUCUCCUCCUCACUACGUUCUAUUGCUCAUGUGCCUGAGCUCCAUGUUAAUAUGCAUACAAUUUACUCUCCCUGCACUCCUCACUCCAAUUCCACCUACCUAUUCGCUUAUUCCAAUGAUUUUGAUAAUGAAACUGUGCUAGAGGCAGCGUAUACUGUAGCGUUUAAUAGUUAUUAUAAUUCAAACAAUACAAAAAACCACUUUCGAGUUUUUGCAAGUGUUCGUUUUGACACAGUACAAGAUGGUGAAAUAUUUUAUAACUAUAUUGGCAGUGAUUUCAAUGAAACCGUUUUGAGUCAUUUACCAGAUCCAUCACUGAGUUUUCCCAGCUCGGAGACUGGAAGUGAUAUUCUGAGGGUUAUUGAUGGGAACACCUAUGAUGGAUUAGCAAAUGAACUUGACGCAAACUAUUUGUUUUAUGCUGUCAAUCCUACAGUAUCCGGGACAGGUUCUCUGAUUUUGCCACCAGCUCUAGUACCAGAAAUUGAUCCAAAUAACAAUUUUGUAUAUAGCUUACUCGAAAUUAAUAUUCAGGAUCAUCCCUUGGAUGAUAGUUUCAACAGUCUGAACAUUUCCUUUCAUGAUGUGGCCACAAGUAAUACUCAAACUAUUAUGUACGAAAGAGAUAACUGGCAGUUCAAAAAUGCAAAUCCCACUUUUUAUAUUACAUCCGCGUACAUACACAUCGGACGAGAACAACAAGUUGCAUUGAGCUAUAAUUAUUCAUUGAGUGACCCACAACAAUUGCAAAUCAGAAUGUUUACUAAGAGAGGAGAUGGUAUUCAAUGGAUUCCGUUUCCAAAUUGA